GUCCUCUGUGCUCUAGACUGCGCAUGCGCGACUGAGCACUCUCCCGUAUCACUAGGUUUGUUUUCGUAUCGGCCGCCCGCCAGUUUCCACUGAACCUGACAGCCAGCGACGGGACACCAGGGCAUACAUUUUACUCCUUAUUUUCUUAUUUGAUACAUGAAUUUUAUAAGUAUAUAUAUUUCAAGUUUCUAGAAUGCAUCCUGUAUCCGUGUCUAUCCCUUGUUUUCGUUCAGAAGACAGCGCGUCGGAAAAAGGCUACACAGUUUUUAAGAUCGAGGUGUUAACGAGCGGGCGGCAGCACACUGUGGAGAAGCGCUACAGUGAGUUUCAUGCUCUGCACAAAAUGCUGAAGAAGAUCAUUAAACCUCCGGAGCUUCCAUCAAAGCACGUGAGGAACUGGAUCCCCAAAGUUCUGGAGCAGAGAAGACACGGUCUUGAGCUUUACCUUCAGACUAUAAUCAUGGAAAACGAGGUUCUUCCUAAAAUAUUUCUGGAUUUCCUCAACAUCCGCCACCUCCCGUCCCUGCCAAAGGCCGAGAGUUGUGGGUCGUUUGAAACUGAAUCCGAGGACUCAUGUAAACUGACACAUCAGCCAGCCCUGCUCUUCCUGAGGGACCCCUAUCUGCUUCCUGCCACUAACGACACGUUUUCGAACGUCGUCACUGAAGGCGUGAUUCAUGGAAUAUUCUACCCAGACCUGCAGCCGAGGUAGACCAGCGCUCUCUCCAGCCAAAAUAUAACACCUCAGUUUCAUGGACAAAGAGGCUUUUAUACUCUAAUCAUUUACACAAACACUACAGGAAUCUAGUCACAAAGUCCACACUCUGUUUUUUCUUUUUUGUUGUUUUUUUUUUUUUUUUUUUUUUGCGCAUCUGUAAGGCCCAACAUUGUGAAUUUAUAGAGCAAGAAAAUAGUCUUCUUGUUCCAUCCAAGAAAAAAACAAACUGACAUAAUUGUGCUACAUUGUGCUGUGAAAAAUCUUUACUACGUCAGAGAGAAGAGCUGGGUGAUUUAAAAAAAAAAAAAAAAAAAUUCAAAUUAAUACUAUUCAGUUAAACUAUUCAAUUAUUUACUGAUAUUUUUCACAGUCUAGAAACAUUUUUAAACAUCAUCUAAGAUAUAGGUUUAUCGAAAUACUGAUAAUUUGCAAUUUUAGCAUUCAGUGGAUUUUUCUUUAUUUUACAUUUCUGUUAACAUUUAUCCUGGUCCAGAAUUUUGCUCCGCCCACUGGCCUGAACAGAGCUGCUCAGCCUUUUCCUUAAAACGUAACUCACAAGGCAAACAUACUUGCAGCAGAAAGACUGGUGUUGGUUGAUGAGGAGAGGGAAACGACUGGCAAUGUGUUCACUGUGAGUGCUGUUCACCUUACAGACAACAGAGGGCGCUAAAUAUUACAAACUGCUCCUUUAAAUAUACAGAAGAUAUGUAGAUGUAGAUUAAACAGCAACAUUUGGCUUUUAUAUGAAUAGCACUAGACUCACGAUGCAAGAAGCCCCGCCUUUUGUCUGGGUUUAUUGGUCGGUGCAUCUAACCAGUCCCAGUUUUUUCCCCAGGCAUGCUGCGAUUGGCUGCCGGCAAUGUGUGGAAGAUUGUAUCUGACCUCCGAGAGUUCAUCUGACCAACUGACAAUAUUGAAAUUUCAUAGAUUAAAAAAAAAAAAAGUACCAGAUUUAAUGGUAUUGCUAAAUAUUGAUUAUCACCCAGCUCUGUCAGACCUUUUCAAAAAAAAAAAAAAAAAAAAAAAAGGUGCUUCAUUUACAGAUCAUUAAUAUAGCCUAACUGUUACAACUCAUGACCCGUACCUGUUCAAUAGCGAGGGAUAUACUGACCGUAGAGAGGUGAAAUAUUUCCUGUUUGAACCAAACUACUUUUAACAACUGCAGAGUGUUCACUGAGCCUUUAUACUCAACAUUCUUCCACUGACAAGGUUGGAAAACUUACCUUAACUGUUGUAUCACCAGUCAUGGCAUUUAUGAAGAAGGGAAACUAAUCACGAACUCUCAAGAAUCUCUGAUUAAUUACUGCAGCUGCUAGAAACUGUGAAAGAGAAGUUUAUCUGAGUGUAUAGUUUACUGGUCUCGAUGUCCAGCACUACAUGAGGUAGAAAUAGGGCUUGGUUUUAAGUGAGACUCAGCGAGACAGGAUUCACUUCCUUCUUCGUUCACUUGAGGUGCAUGCAAUCAAAUUUACGCUUCUAAAAGAACAUUUGGGAAAUAAUAAUAAUAAUAAUAAUAAUUUACCCCAAACAUAGCCAGUCAGCCAAGACGUGUUUGGCGUCACCUGUUUGCUUCUUGGAGCUAUGAAGUAGCUUUUUUUAGUAUUUGACUUGAUGUCAUUUUUGUGACCUCAGUGCAUUCGACACAAAGUGGGGGGGGAAAAAAACAUGGACGCCUCCUUGUUCGUCUUUUCUUAGUAACAACCUAGCGAGCUAAUUGUGAUGAAUAGUGUAUAUUCUCCUCAAACUGCAAACUGUAUAGUCAGUGAUAUAGAUUUAACAAGCGAAUAUGUCUGUAUGUUGAUUGCUCUAAAACAAAUAUUUGUAUAAUUUAUUUAAAGGUAAGAAGUGCUACUUUGUUUACUUUUGAUGCUGUGAGAAGCCAUGUCGAUUUGACGUCACGCAGUAAACUAGGAAAUAACUCGUGGUUGAGAAGACCAUCCCAAGUUGACAACUAGGAAUUUCAAUUUGAGGAGGCAUUUUCUUUGGUUGGAGGUUGGGAAUUACAAGUCACCUCGAGUCGAAAGCAGCAUAUAAAGAUGAGCAACGCCUUCCCAUGUAGCUGAACACUGGAAUAUUAUAAGGGCGGCCAUGUUGGAUAACUGGAAUCACUUUUCUCUGCACCUUUUAGAGCUGUAGCAGAAAACUGGAAGAUGAUAGUAGGUAGAUAGAUCAUAUAGUUCCUCUUUAAACUUUUAUAAAUAGACAGUAAUAUUGCCAUUUAUGAUUUUUUUUUUUUAUACUGCGCAGUCGUGAGAAGCAAGUAUAUGAAGACUUGGCCAUUACUUGUUAGCAACAAUAGCAUCAUAGCUCCAGUGCAAAACUAGAGAAGCAAACAUUUCUUGGCUGAUUGACUACAUUUGAAGGAAAUAAAAAAAGUACAAUUGGUUUUCUUGUUGAAUCCUUCCUUUAGGUGUAAUUGUGCCGAAUAUCAGGCAUCGACUCAUGACAAUUAUGUUCACAACUGUACUAAACAGUAUGUAGUGUGUAGGGGUGGCUGAUAUGACAAGUGUGGCAUAUUGUGAUGCUCUUACACAUAUAGUAUGCAUCAUAAUAUUUGGCCAAACAGCUCAGUUGGUCAGUUCUAGACAGACUUGACGAGACCCACGACAAUAUCCUGAGAAAAGUAUCAUAUACUGUGACUCUUAUAUUGUCUUAUACCACAGUGCUGUUGAAUUCUCAAGUCUGAUUGGUCAGAAGGUGUUGAAUAAUUUCCUAUAACAGCAGACACUAGUGCAGCUGCGAAACACGGGUUUAUAUUAAUGUGUGUGUACUAAUAUGUUCUCAUUUCUAUGGUAACAGCUAAUCAACAGGGAGUUGUACAGCAGACGCUCCACAUAAAUGGGUUAAAAAUGUGUGUAAUUGUUCAUAUGGUGAAUUUUUCUAUGAGAUGUUUAACAUUUAUGGAAGGAGUCUCCAGUGUCAGCAUUUUGUAACAGUGUACCAAUAGUCUGUCUUCAGGACUGAGGACUUUGUGGUUUUUUUUUUGUUUUGUUUUGUUUGUUUUUUGUGGUCUUAAAAAAAAAAAAAAGGGGGAGCCUGGUGAGAAAACCUUUAUAGCUGCUAUAACGUAAGGGAUAACAGGAAAGAACUUAGUUUUGCAGACUAUCGACAACAUAUAAACAAAACUGAGUGUGGUGUUAUUUAAUAAAUAAAAAAUUGUAAUACUUGGAAAAUUGCUGUAGUACAAAAGGAAUAAAACACAUUGGGACAGAGUAUAAUAGGAAACUAAUCAACUUUGAGCCAGUAACAGUAACUCUUCUUCACACCACUGUGCUGUUGGUUAUUUUCUUAUAGCAGCAUAGCCCCUAGGGUUUUAUUCCUUACUUCAUCCAACCCUAAUAAUAUGUCAGCAUCGAUUCAUUAAAACUGAAACAAUUGCAUGUGUUAACACUAGUUCACGAUGUACUGGAUUGAAACUUGGUCGAGCUGUCUGAAAAUGUGACAUGACACUAACAACUUUUAACAUUGUAUUUAUAGCUGACAUCUUGUUUUGGUUGAAAAUUAACAUUUUGGGCAAUUUCUUUGAUCAUUUCUGACAUGUGUGACAUUGUGAUUGAUGUAUGUAUGUAUGUAUGUAUGUACUAUGUGCCAUGAUACUCAGAAGCCCGGGGUUCCUGGUUAGUAUCGACUCUGAACCCUGUGUAAAGCACUUUAGACAGAAGUAUGAUUGUUAUGAAACUGUAUAAUAUAUUUAAAAAAAUAACAGCAAUAAAAUAGUACGUUCUAAAAA